AUGUUUCCAUUAGGAACGUUCUGUCUGGUGGAACCUCUACAGCAGUUUGUGACAUCAUCAUCGAGGACGGUCAGCUUCCCGUGUCCUCUGUGUCGAUAUCAAAAAGUGGCCUUACCCGUUCUGAAGGGAGUGACGGUUUGUGUUCAGACCCAAGGACUUCUAUAUAGCCGCCAGAGCGGAGAAGCAUUACCCGAGAAGGGUGGGGGUGAGUGCUGUGGGGUGUGUGAGCAGCAAGCGACUCACUCGUGUCGUGAGUGUGAAAUACUGUUGUGUGAAUCGUGUACAAAAUGUCACCAAACUCUUUCUGUUUCAAGAUCUCACGUCUUGAUAAACCUGGGUGACAUCAGCACAGAGAAACCUUUCAUUUCAAUGCAGAGGUUUUGUGAAAUACACAAGGACGAAAAGUUUAGAUUUUACUGUUUGCCGUGUGAUAAAGUGAUUUGCCGUGACUGUAAACUUACAGAUCAUGAAGGCCAUAAGACAAAAAACAUUUCUGAUGUUGCUGACGAAGCUCGAACUAGCCUCGACAAAACGAAAAUAGAACUAGAAAAGCACAAAGCACAAGUCGAAAAGUCACUAGAUAAGACAAAUCGUGAUUAUAAUAUGUUAGAAAAGACCAAACAAGCUGAAGCGGAAAUAAAUAACUUUUCUGAUUUAUUACUGGAUUCCGUGAAUAACAUAAUUAAUUCAGCACGGCGUCAUGAAACGGACAGGAUGAAAGACCUACAUAAAAUCCACGAAAAAUCAUUUUCCAGUACAAAAUGCACAUUACAACAAAGAAAGUGCAUUCUAGAAACACAGAUCCAAUACGCAGACAGCUUGUUGCGAGAAGGGAUCGACUUUGACGUCAUCACCACCAACAAAGAGAUGAAACAAAGACUGGCGGAAAUGGAGAAAGAACAAGACAGUGGUCCAGAUUGUGAUUACCGAUCUUUAGACAUGGCUCCCAUAAAACCAGUGAAUACAGAUCAACUAGAAGUCAUAAGCAGUGCGGUUCGUGACAUAAUCAAGACUUCUUUCCCUGUUACAUGUAAACAUGACGUGCCAAACGUACUGAGAAUAAAAAAUAUUUAUAGAAGGGUACGUUGUAUAAGUUUCACUCGGACCAAGAAAGUAUGGAUUGUUGGAGGUUAUGAUACUAAUUUGAAUCUCUGUUUGUUUUACACAAAAUCACCAUUUGAGACUCCGGUGUAUAGCAUUAAGGUGAAACACAUUGAUAAGCUGAUAAAGAAGGGGGUUCGUAGUGUUAUACAAACAUACAAUAAACCUGAACAGAAAAUACCUGCUGAAGAAUUCUUUAACUUGAAGAAGGGAUUUCCGUUCAGUGAUGCUAUAGAUGGAAAUACUAUGUGCAAGAUUGACAGAGAAUAUGACAUUGUUAUCAUUAAGACCGCCGGAGGCAUUGUCAAGAUAUUGAACUCCAGCCCCUUUUCUGAAACCGGACGACGGUUUGAACCUUUAGAUGUGUGCUGGGGUAAUAAUAAGGAAAUCUAUAUUGUUGACGGUGGGGAAAAUGUAAUUGUCGUAUACAGUCUCCAGAAUGGUUUUCAGAAAUCACUUAAACUACAGAACAAAUCAACUCUCUCCACUGUAGCUAUGGACCCAGAAGGAAAACUUUGGGUUGGAGAUGACAGGGGAAACCUCUUCAUUUGCAGUGUAAACUGAUUACCAAACAUGUUUAUUUAGCCUAUUGGUGUAUAAAUGUAGUAUCUGACAGUGUCACAGUUGUAGUUUCAUUCGAUUCAUUUGGGAAAACUCGCGUAAAAUAUUUUAAUUUACAGUUCAAGUAGGCCCUAUUUAUGCUAUUAAUUUUGUGCAAAAAUUAGUUUGUUUCUAAAAUAUAAAAAAAUCAGAAAAAGAAACAUACUGUAUAUUUGUGGAUUAUGGCAAAAUGUUGUAUAAUUUCACAUACAAAGGUUCAAAUGACAUACACAAUUUGCUAAAAAUUCAAAUAAGUUUGUUUUGCAGUAUUAAAGAAGUAACAGUGGAAAAUCGAUAUUGCAUUUUUGAUGUAAAAUAUUCUUAUUUGCUAUCCACUCUGCACGAUUAAUCAUGCGAAAAACGAAACAAUA